AAUGCUCAACGACCAAAGAAGAAAGCGAGCAAUGAAGAAAAGUAGCGGCAUUAGCGCCAAAAAGCGAUGAAUGAUACAGUAUUUGUGUUUAAUAUGUAACUGUGUUGAGCAGAUGCUUGAUGGUGGAGAAGUAUGCCUCUGUCAACUCAGUCCCAGUCAGGAAACGAUAAUUAUGUUCUGGUUGCUAGUCUGGAUAAUGUCAGGAACCUUUCCAACAUCCUGAAAGCGAUUUCCUUCAAAGACCACGCGAUAUUUAAUGUGACACAAAACGGACUAAAGGUUACCGUAGAAGAAUCCAAGUGUCUUCAAGCAAAUGCUUUCAUUCAGGCAGAGAUUUUUCAAGAGUUCACCCUGAAGGAGGAUGUAGUCGGAUUUCAGGUGAACCUCACAGUUCUGCUGGAUUGUCUCACCAUCUUUGGCGGAAGCACAGUGCCAGGAGUGAGCACAGCUCUGAGAAUGUGCUACAAUGGCUACGGCUACCCGUUAACCCUGUUCCUGGAGGAGGGAGGAGUGGUGACCGUUUGCAAGAUUAACACGCAGGAGCCAGAGGAGCCUUUAGAUUUCGAUUUCUGCAGCACUAAUGUCACCAACAAGGUGAUCCUUCAAUCUGACAGCCUGAAGGAGGCGUUUUCAGAGCUGGACAUGACCAGUGAGAUCCUGCAGCUGACAAUGUCACCAAGUCAUCCCUAUUUCAGACUGUCCACAUUUGGAAAUUCAGGAAACGCACAUUAUGACUACCCCAAAGACUCAGACAUGAUGGAACUGUUUCAGUGCACUAAGACGCAGACCAACAGGUAUAAGAUGUCACUAUUAAAACCCUCCACUAAGGCUCUGGCCUUGUCCUGCAAAGUGUCAGUGAGAACAGAUACCCGAGGUUUCCUCUCCUUACAGUAUCUUGUAAGGAACGACGAUGGACAGAUUUGCUUCGUUGAAUAUUAUUGCUGCCCUGACGAAGAGGUUGAUGAAGAGUAGCGGAACAUAAAGGACACGUCGUCUUCGUUACUAUGUAUCUGGAACGUCUACAGAUUGAGUUGUUCGUUGUUUUGAUCUUUAAAGAUUUUGUAGUUUGUUAUGUAUUGUAUAUUUGAUAUGACUUUAUCAUAAUGUGUAAUAUUACAAGCAAUAUCUUGUAAUUUAUCACUAUAUGAAUAAAUAAUGAAAAUCUGGAA